UCGGGUUGUAGCUCUGCGAUCGUCUGCGCAGCCUUUAUUUGCUUCUGUCGAUUAACCAAGUCUAGCCUUCAUGCCGGAAGUGAAAUAACAGCACAGUCAAGAUGGUGGCCACCAGGAGAGCAGCACGCAUGGAGACCCCAACUAAGACGAACCCCGAGCAGUCCCCGGGUGUUCAGGCCACUCCGACUACAGUUCGGAGAAGCAGUAGGGCCAGUAAACAAGCAGAGAGUCCUACCAGGAGUCAGCUUACCAAAAGUGAGGGAGGACCUCUAGCGUCUCCAAGAGUCUCCACUCUGAAAAGAUGCACCAGAGCUUCCAGGCUCCACAGUCCAGAGCAGCCCUCCACACCGUUGGGUUCUACCCAUGAAGGGGACACCUCAGACCUGGAGUCCUGCUGCUCUGUGGUGUCUGACAUUGAUCUACCAGUGACAUGCACCAGCAGGAGGAGAUGGCCUCAUGCAACAAGUCAGAAAGAUGAGAUAUCUGAGGUGGACUCAUGCUCGUCUGCAGUGUCCACAUCCAGUACUGGCAGAAGUCGUCGCAGGAUCACAGGGACGAAGACGGUUCCUGAAAGUUCAAAACCAGCUCGCGUUGAGGUGGAAGAUGUCAAAGUCAAUCAGGUGCUGGAGACCAAGUCCUGUAGCUCUGUGUUGUCCGACUCCAAGAGAGUCACCCGAUCUCAAAGAAGAAGUGCUAGUACCAGGUUAUCUUCCAGAAAGCAAACUGAGGACUCGGAGCUUUCAGAUGCUGACAGCUGCACGUCCAGCAUCUCAGGAGCUGAAGUUUCCAAAUCUACCACCCGCAGAACCACAAGAUCUAUGAGGCAAACAAGUCCCAUCCCCAUGCACCUAGACGAGGCCUCAGAAAGCUCUCUGUCCCCUGCCCAGACAGGCCGUCGUACCAGGGCAGCAAGAGGGAAGGCAGCAUCUAAUGCAGAUACCAGUGAGCCCCAGUCUUGUGGCUCUGAAGGGUUUGACUCUCAACCCACUUAUAGCAUGACCACUCAGAGACAGGGCAAGACCCAGUCCACAGGUGCUAAAGCCAUGGACUCAGACUCUGAGCUGACAGAGGUGUAUUCACCAACGGGCAGUUCCUGCUCCACACCAGCCAGAGGGACCCCCUGUAGCAGCCGCACAGGCUCAAAUAACAGCAGCCGAGGUGCUCCAGCCUCCAGGCGUUCAGUCAGAGAUCUAAGUAUUGUUAUGGAAAAAGUUGGGGAGCAGACUGAAGAGGACAGUUUAAGUGCCUCUAGGUUAGACAGUACAGUAACUGCUGAGGAUGCAGAAUGCACACUGUUGGAGGAAGAUGAAAGCCAAACAUUGGAAGAAGAAAAAGGUGUGAAUAGUACUGAUUUCGCAUCAAAUAAAGCAGAUAGAAAAACUGUGGAAAAGGGAGUGAAUGCCAUCCCAAACGAGGAUUCCCAUGGUUGUUCCUCACUGUUGGACAGUGCUGGUUGUGCUGAAGCAGUUAUUAGUGGGCCUGCAGUGGUGGCCAGAGACCAGCAGGAGGAGCUGUCUACUGAAAAUAACAACGGGGACACCUCAGAGAUGGAAAAGAUGCAGGAAGUGAUCCCGUCAUCAGAGCUGCUAAAGCCUUGCCAAUCAGUUACUGUAGCAAUGUGUGACAAUGCAACUGAAAUCACUGAAGAGAAGGGUGAAGCCAUGGAAGUAAUUAUUGUGGACACCCACUCUUCACAAAGAGAUGAGGAUGCAUUUGUAGAAACCCGACCCAGUGUGGUGGAGAAAAUGGAAGUCAGCACAUUGAAGGUAAAUGCUCAGCAGGUGGUUGCUUCCAGUGAGAGCCAUGUUGAAUCCGUUCAAGUAACAUCUAACCAGCAGUGCAAGAUCACGGUGGAGUCUGAACUGCCAUCUGCAAAUGUCACGACAAAAGUAAUCAGCCCACUGGAGAGUAGUGAUGAUGAAGAUGAAUAUGCUGGAGAGGAGGAGGACAGGGAUGGUUCUGUAAAUGAAGAGGAGGAGGAUUUGGGAUGCAGGAAGGACGAGCGGGCAGGGCCUUCCAGGAAGUCAGAAGUACCCGCUGCAUCAGUUGAAGGACUCUUUAUGAUUGACACCCGGCCCGGGCAGGAGGCUGAUGAACUUUACUACAAGGAGAAGCCAACAGUGGAGGUUGCAGGAAAAGAUGCUGAGCAGGAAGCACAAGAUGAGGAGUUUGUAGAUGAGGAGGGUGAUGAUGAUGAUGAUGAUGAAGAUGCAAAAAUCCUCUUCUCGGGUAGAAGUUCUCAGCUGAAAGAGUUGUCCAGCCGUAUUGACCCUGGCAUCAGAGUGAAGGAGCUCGGGGGUUUAUACAUCAAUUUUGAUGGCAGCAAAUCAAAACCUGGCUCCAGUUCACUGCAAAAACUAAAGGAAAAGAAGCUCCAAGAUGAGGUGAUGAAGAAGAGUGUGAUUGGACCAGACUUUGAAAAGAAGGAUGCAGUGCCUCCAUACAGUGAAUCCAAACAAGCCUUAAAACUGAAACACAGGGCUGAGAGAGAGAAGUCGACAGGAGAUGGCUGGUUUAAUAUGAAAGCCCCUGAGAUCACUCAGGAGCUGAAAGGGGACCUCCAAGUCCUGAAGAUGAGAGGCUCCCUGGAUCCUAAGAGGUUCUACAAGAAGAAUGACAGAGAUGGCUUUCCCAAGUAUUUUCAGGUGGGUUCAGUGAUGGACAAUGCAGUCGACUUCUAUCAUUCCCGUAUUCCCAAGAAGGAGAGGAAGAGAACCAUGGUGGAGGAGCUGCUGGCUGAUGCUGAGUUCAGACACACCAACAAGAAGAAAUAUCAGCACAUAAUGAUGGAGAGAGCAGCAAAGGGGGCUGGCAAGAGGCACAAGAAGAAAUUCCACAAGAGGUGAAUCUGAAAACUUGGUGUGAUGAACACUGACAUCGAGUGACGUUACACAGAUCCUGUUAAAACAAAGUCCUUUUCAACAGGCAGAGGGUUGU